GAAGAAGAAGAACGCGAUAUGGAGAGGCGUUGCCUUGAAAUACGUCGAAUAUUCGCGACUGUCAGCAUGGUAGCAGAGACAUGCGUGUAAUGUUUUGAUCAGACAAAUAUAUUUGGUUACGCUACUUCUUACGAAAAUGCCAUUAAAAGGCUCAGAUGAAGACGGGUUUGGAAUAGAGAUCGUCCUUCAACAGGGAGACAGAAAAGCACCAUUGUGUGUACAUGGUAAGUACCCAAAUGUCUGAAUGAUAGCGAAGUUAGCUAGCUAGCGUCUACUUAGCUAGGUUUGGGAAAAGGGACAUAUGAAUCUAUGCUAUAGAUACUAGCUAGCUAUGUUAAGUUAUGUUUUACCAUUGACAUCUGAAUAUGAAUUAUUCGGUGAAGUAUGCAUACUGUAAUGCAGAUGUUCUUGCCCCAUGCAGGUCCAACUUUGUUGUUUGAGAAGGUCUGCAAAGGAGAGGAGAAAGGCCGGAGGUUUUAUGCCUGCUCAGCGUGCAGAGACAGAAAAGAAUGCCCCUUCUUUCUGUGGGAAGAUGAAAAGGUAACCGAGUUAACUAGCUAGCUUUUUUAAAAAUCUACUGGCAAAUAUAGUUGGCCUAAGUAUACAGUGUAUUUGUAAAGUAUUCAGACACCUUACCUUUUUCCACAUUUUGUUAUGUUACAGCCUUAUUCUAAAAUGGAAUAAAUAAAUAAAAAUCCUCAUCAAUACCCCAUAAUGACAAAGCGAAAACAGAUUUUUAGAUAUUUUAGCAAAUGCAUUUAAAAUAAAAACAUACCUUAUUUACUUAAGUAUUCAGACCCUUUGCUAUGAUACUCGAAAUUGAGCUCAGGUACAUUCUGUUUCCAAUGAUCAUCCUUGAGACAAUUCUACAACUCGAUUGGAGUCUACCUGUGGUAAAUUCAAUUGAUUGGACAUGAUUAGGAAAGACACACACCUGUCUAUAUAAGGUACAUGUCAGAGCACAAAAACCAAGCCAUGAGGUCGUAGAGCUCCGACACAGGAUUGUGUCGAGACACAGAUCUGGGGAAGGGUGCCAAAACAUUUCUGCAGCAUUGAAGGUCCCCAAGAACACCGUGGCCUCAUUAUUCUGCAAUGGAAGAAGUUUGGAACCACCAAGAUUCUUCCUAGAGCUGGCCGCCCGGCCAAACUGAGCAAUCGGGGGAGAAGGGCCUUGGUCAGGGAGGUGACCAAGAACCCGAUGGUCACUCUGACAGAGCUCCAGAGUUCCUCUGUGGAGAUGGGAGAACCAUCCAGAAGGACAACCAUCUCUGCAGCACUCCACCAAUCAGGCCUUUAUGGUAGAGUGGCCAGAUGGAAGCCACUCCUCAGUAAAAGGCACCUAAAGGACUCUCAUACCAUGAGAAACAAGAUUCUCUUGUCUGAUGAAACCAAGAUUGAACUCUUUGGCCUGAAUGGCAAACGUCACGUCUGGAGGAAACCUGGCACCAUCCCUAUGGUGAAGCAUGGUGGUGACAGCAUCAUGCUGUGGGGAUGUUUUUCAGCGGCAGUAGUCAGGAUCGAGGGAAAUAUGAACAGGGCAAAGACAUUUACAUUUAUGUCAUUUAGCAGACGCUCUUAUCCAGAGUGACUUACAAAUUGGACAAAGAACAAAGAGAUCCUUGAUGAAAACCUGCUCCAGAGCGCUCAGGACCUCAGACUGGGGCCAAGGUUCACCUUCCAACAGGACAACGACCCUAAGCACACAGGAGUGGCUUCGCGACAAGUCUCUGAAGAUCCUUGGUGGCCAAAAUGGCUCCUACAAUAGCCUACAUUUCUCCAAAUACAGGUGUGCCAAGCUUGUAGCGUCAUACUCAAGGCUGUAAUCGCUGCCAACGGUGCUUCAACAAAGUACUUAGUAAAGGGUCUGAAUACUUAUGUAAAUGUGAUAUUUCAGUUUUGUAUUUUUUUUAUAAAUUAGAAUUUCUAAAAACCUGUUUUUGCUUUGUCAUUAUGGGGUAUUGUGUGUAGAUUGAUGAGAGAGAAAGGGGGGGGGGGGGGGGGAGAUUCAAUCAAUUUAAGAUUAGGCUGUAACGUAACAAUGUGGAAAAAGUCAAGGGGUCUGAAUACUUUCCGAAUGCACUCUAAGUAGGCCAAAAUGGUUCCUACAAUAGCCUACAUUUCCUUUUAUGGUAGCUUAAUUGAUGCCUUUGACUUAUUAGAAGUCCUGGGUUGAGUUCCUCACCGACGACGUUACAGAUGCAUGCCAGAUCUUACAAUGCCUAAAAUCUGCUAACCACAUGAUAUAGCCGUGUGAUGCCCAACUGCACAGUCGAUGGUGUGGCAUGCAACCAUUGAUUUAUUCAAUGCAACACCUGCGCGUCUAGUCGUGCAAAUAGCUAGCUACACUGUUUGUGCAUAUAGCUAGCUACACUCCCCUAUUUUCACCAGGUGUGUGACAUGUUUGUGUUGUAGGUGUCUGAGGCCAGGCUUUUAGCCAGAGAGGAGGAGAACCGGUUAAAGAUGCCUCCUUUUACCCAUCAGGAGUACUGCUCCAGGUAAAUGGCCUACACUUGACCUGUAAGGGGACACUAUCCACGGAACUAUUCCAUUCCAAGUUAGAAAUGGAACAGAAUAGGUGUGUGGAUAACAGUCCCACUGUAAGUACCUUUUAUUAAGAUGCCAGAAAGAUCAUAUUAUUAGUAUUUAACUUCAUAGCUUUCUACUCCUUAUCUCACAACCUGAACAUAAUGUUCCUCCAAUCAAAAACAUGGUUGGUUGUUUAUUUUAUUUGACAUUUUGCAGGAUGUAAUCUCUUGAUGCAUCAUCUCGUUUUCAAGUGUAAUUUUUUUCCUAAUAAAAAAAAUACUUAGUAACAAGAAUAAUAUGGCAACUACUGUCUAAUAACAAUUACAUUUUUAAAAAAGUACAUUUUAACAGCAUUAAAAGUUGUUGUACAACUACUAAUAGGCCUACAACUAAUAAAAAAGACUACUAUAUAACUACUAAUAACUUUUAUUUCUUCCAAUCCAGGUUCAGAAAGUUCCUCGCCCUCCCCCUAGGAAGGAAGUUCUGCCAGGACUGUCAGCUCCUCCUCUUACCAGGGGAAUGGGAAACCCACUCUUUUCACAAGAUGUCGCAAGCUGAUGACAUUACAGAGGCACGGCUGAGCAGGCCCAGUCUAAUGCUGAAACCCCUGGAGAACAAGAAGAGCAACGCCCAGUACCUGUUCGCCGACCGCAGCUGUCACUUCCUGUUGGAUACCCUGGCCAAGCGGGGCUACAGGAAGGUGCUCUGUGUUGGGACGCCCAGGUGAGGGGUUUGAUUUAAUUUAGACUUUUUGUCUGUCACGUUGUUUAAACAGGGAUUAUGUUUAUUAUAACGUUUUGCAUGUUAGGUUCACAUAGUACCUACCCGUUUCACUCCGUUCCAGAGUGUUUUGUUCCGUUUCGUGCCUAUUGAACAUGCCCUGGUUGUUUUAGAUUCAAGUGCUUUGUUAUCCUCAGGGAUUUUAAUGUUUUAUGGAUGAUUUGAUUGAUUGAUCGUUUAAUUCACUGUUUCUUCCAGACUUCAUGAGCUGAUCAAGCUAAGAAAUCAGGAGGGUAAGAGUGACCCCAUGACGAGUCUGCUACUGGACAUUGACUUCAGGUCAGUUUUAUUUUAUUGGAUCACACAAUGCGUUUCUCUUUGCGUUGAUGAGUAUUUGCAAUGAAUGAACAAAACAGGCAUCGAAAUAAUUUAGAGGGGAGCACACACUUUGAAUGGUACAUGAAUGUGCUUAUUGCUUUUCGAACGAUGCUUAUUGACAUUUAUGGAUUGCUAUGGGAGUGUUGACAUCCUGUAUCUCCAUAUGACUAGCCCACACCUGUCCUUCCGGUGGUCUUAGGAAGCGGAACGCAGGGUGUAGAGGGGCUCCGUGAACUGAUGAUGCACCCUAUCAAACACAGGCGUCAGGGCUGCAGAAAAUUUCUGCAGCACCUUCAUAGUAUCGGCAUCCUAAAAUGCCAGUUUGCCCUUCUCGUAGUUCACCCACAUGCCCACCCUACCUGGCACCGCUCGCCCACUGGUGGAGCACGCCACGGGCCUGUCGUUGUGCCAGGGUGAAGAGACGCCCAUCCCAAAGCUCCACGCACCACGAGUUCCUGUACCGUCCCAGCUUGGCACCUUUGUCCCGCCCCUUCCUGUCCAGGCAGCUGUAGGCCACGCCCACAGCCUGAGCAGCUGCGGACGUCAGCCUCCCAGUAGCGUCGGCCCGUUGUCACGGCAGCAGAGCCCAGUGCACAGCAGACCUUGUCGAACUGGAGGGGACAGUUGUGGACCGGAGAAGCACAUGCCUCAUCCCUCUCCUGUCAAUGCGAUCUGGCUAUGGCAGGUCUGCCUGUGAAUCAUCACAGGGGAGGAGUCUGAAACAGAGACAAUGAGGGGAUUUGAUUAAUCUGUCCCGGGCGCCCUGGUAAGCGUGUUUUGCACCGGGUGAAAGUAAAUUGCAUUUGUUUUGGAACUGGGCUACCACCCAGGUGUGAGCCAGGUGCCCCAUUCAAAGCCCACAGCGAAGUCAGCUCAAAACGAAAGUGAUGUAAUUAAGCAUGUGGAGUAAUGAGUAGGAUUCAGUGUUUUCGCAUGCAAAAGUGAUCAAAAAAACAAUGCUUUAUCUGCCUUCCCAAUGAAAACUAGUUUGAAAAUGUAAAACCUAUAUUUUAUUGAAAAGAGAUGUAUGUUUCCGGACGAUGCACUAUGUUGCCUUGUUGACAACAUGACCAAGCAGCGCAGAUUACUGUUCGAUUUGAGAAGGGCGCUCCUCCCUCCCCUCUUUUCCCCAUUCCCGUCACGGUCCAUAGACUGGUGCCCCGCGGCUCAGCAUAAUCUAAUCCGCCCAAUCAUCGUACCUCAUCAUACAUCUGUUACAUAAACAAUCCUAAAUACCGGUAUACAGUGCCUUCAGAAAGUAUUCAUACUCCUUGACUUAUUCCACAUUAUGUGUUUCAGCCGGAAUUCAAAAAUGAAUUAAAUAUAUAUUUUUCUCUCACCCAUCUACACACAAUACCCCAUAAUGACAAAGUGAAAACAUGUUUUUAGAAUUUGUUGCAAAUUUAUUGAAAAUGAAAUGCAGAAAUAUCUAAUUUACAUAAUAUCUAAUUUACAUUACAUACAUAUUCUCAGAUUCUGCUAAUAAGAAAUGAUUGCCAAUCGAUUGGUUCCCAAUUACUGCAGAUAUGACUGGUUAGAGGAUGUGAGAUGUUUGAGGCUGGUUCCUACUUCACAGUAGGGUCGUAAAAAAAAUACCUUCUUGAACUUUCAUGUGCCUUAAUUAAAAACUUUUAUUGGAUCUGUAAAUAUGAAUAAAAAUGUUACAUUAUCAGCCUAGUUGAGCCAAGGAGAAAGCACUGAGCUUAAGGGCGAAAGACCAGAUCAUGAUUGGCUGAGACAAUGGAGUGGUUGGACAUGCCGAGAGUCCUGAUUUGGUCUGUCAUGUCACAGGCUUCUGUCUAUAACAGAAUGGGCUCUUCCCUGGACAGUAUAUACAUUGAACAAAAAUAUAAACACAACAGGUAAAGUGUUGGUCCCAUGUUACAUGAGCUAAAAUAAAAGAUCUCCGAAAUUUUCCAUACGCACAAAGCGCUUAUUUCUCUCAAAUGUGGUGCACAAAUUUCUUUACAUCCCUGUUAGUGAGCAUUUCUCAUUUGCCAAGAUAAUCCAUCCACCUGACAGGUGUGGCAUAUCAAGAAGCUGAUUGAUUAAACAGCAUGAUCAUUACACAGGUGCACCUUGUGCUGUGGACAAUAAAAGGCCACUCUAAAAUGUGCAGUUUUGAGGGAGUGUGCAAUUGGCAUGCUGACUGCAGGAAUGUCCACCAGAGCUGUUGCCAGACAAUUUUAAUGUUCAUUUCUCUACCAUAAGCCGCCUCCAACAUCGUUUUAGAAAAUUUGGCAGUACGUCCAACCGGCCUCACAACUGCAGACCACGUGUAUGGCAUUGUGUGGGCGAGCGGUUUGCUGAUGUCAAUGUUGUGAACAGAGUGCCCCAUGGUGGCGGUGGGGUUAUCGUAUGGGCGGGCAUAAGCUAUGGACAACGAACACAAUUGCAUUUUAUUGAUGGCAAUUUGAAUGCACAGAAAUACCGUGACGAAAUCCUGAGGCCCAUUUCUUUUAAGCUAUAUGUGACCAACAUAUCUGUGUUCCCAGGCAUGUGAAAUCCAUAGAUUAGGGCCUAAUGAAUUUAUGUCAAUUGACUGAUUUCCUCAUAUGAACUGUAGCUCAGUAAAAUGGUUGAAAUUGUUGCAUGUUGCGUUUUUAUAUUUUUGUUCAGUAAAGGUCAUUAAAGCAGCAUAACUUUCCCAUGUUUCCUCCAACUACAGCUCUGAGUCUGUGCUUUUAUAAAAUGUAAUAAUAAGCAAAUCACUUACAUUUGACUUAGAGAAAUCUGGACACAAAUGAGAACGAGAUCUCAAUUGAUUAACCUUAAAUAAAGGUCAAAAACUGUGGCCAAUUAGCCAUUGAAAAAUCAAUCAUUGACGACAAAGAUUUGGGGAAAAUAGAAAAAGAUACUUUGGUCCCAUUCUACACUAUCAUAACAUUUUAGUAGUGACUUGUAAGCCCAUGUGGGCUGGGCGCCGGGAGGUGUAUGGCACUUAAUAUAAUCUGAUUGAUAUAUUUUAUUUAUCACAUUAUUAUAUGCAUUUUGACCUCAGAGAUUUUUGGAUGCAGCUUUGGGGAGCGAUGGUAAGGCUGAACCACCCCUUCUCCAGGAGAGUCCAUGGGGACCAGUGAGAGAGGGCCGUCCUGUAGUACUGCCUAAUAUUCUACAGGGGGAGCCAUGGCACCACUCUGGGCUGAGAGAGAAGAGCCAGGACCAGGGGACACUUACCAGUCUCUGACCAUCCGUUAUUCGGUCGUUCUUUACCAUUGCUUAGAAAAGAUGUACACACUUGUCAGUAGUAAUCACAUACAUUUAAAAAAAACAGAGCAAAUCUAUUCGCUACCACUGCGUUGAUGAUACCCUUCAUUCAAUAUGUGGUUGUAGCUGAAAUCAGAGUCCAAUCUAACAAUGUUCUGGCAGUGUGAUUUGUAUUAUGAAAGUGAACUAGUUCCUCUGGUUUUAGGAGGCUGGUAUGAUGUGGUCUCAAGAGGCUUGUCUGUUGAAACCCGCCUGCGCUCUCCAGGCUCAAUUAUCAUAAAUAUAUGCACAACUUGGGUUCUUGUCAAAGUUUACAAAAAUACAGGUAAUUCUACAAAAUCGUAACACAUCUAGCAGGAUCGCUGAUUUCAGGAUAGCAGAACUGUUGUUUUUUGUGCAUAAUUUAGGUGAUCUUGAAUGAAUGCAUUCUUGAAUCAACGUUCACAAAUGAGUGGUGUUGCGCGAUAGUUAUUAGCCUAUAGGCCCAACUUUUGAAGAAAAAUGUCCUUUGCCAGUUCUGUGCCCAAUCAUCCCAAACUAAUAGACGUUGGCAUAAUGUACAGUACGUUUCUGAGAUGCUCACUCUGUUCCUAUUUCUGAUCCGUUCUCUGUGAGUGUCUGCAAGGAAUGUGUCAGAUUGAACAAGGGAAAGGGUGUGUUGUCAGUUGACAAGCUGAAGGGUGCGUGCUGCUGUUGCUUAAGUGCCCUUCAGUGAUUAUCUUGCCAAGAUUGUAAAGUUUAUUUUCACACCCCAUACACUUCUGUUGACUUUCUCUGAACUACAGGAAGAGGCUAACUAUAGGAGUGGUCCUACCUUGAACCAAUGUCACAGAAUGAUUGACUUGCUAUGGGCAUCAUAAUAAAACAUUAUUAAAGCAGAUGUAACAUGGAAAAUAUUGUUCUUGUAUCUGUUCCAGAUAUGCCCAGUUUUAUGGCAAGGAUGAGUUCUGUCACUACAACAUGUUCAACCAUCACUUCUUUGGAGGAGAGGUACAAGUUUGAACCUGAUGAUUGUCUUAGAACCUUUUGGAUAAAUUAAUAGUAUUUUUUUUAUGAAUGAGUUUUGAAAUCCAUGUAUUUGUUUUUACACAGGAGGCAAGUGGGGUCCUCCAAGCUUUCCUCAGUGAGGAAGAUGGGGAGAAGGUGAUCAUGGUGUCCGACCCUCCAUUCGGGGGCCUGGUGAAGCCUCUGGCCCAUAGUUUCUCACAGAUCUCAGAGACAUGGCGGAAACUGCAGACCUCCGAGGGCAGUGUUUUGGAGAUGCCCAUGGUGUGGAUCUUCCCCUACUUCUUUGAGCCGCGCAUCCUUGAAUGCUUCCCCUCUUUCACCAUGCUAGACUACCAGGUAACCCACCUUUAUGAACAACUUUUUAUAGAUGUCAAAUGCAUUCACACAUUGACCUAUUUGCAUGAGUAGAGAAUACUGAUGGAUAAUAACAUGCAUUUAUGUAGCGCUUUUCUCAAACUCCUAGGUGGACUACGACAACCAUCCCCUCUACAAACAUGGAAAAACGGGUAGAAAGCAGUCCCCAGUCCGCCUGUUCACCAACCUGACACCACGAGACAUCGUCCUCCCUAAGGAGGAAGGCUACAGGUAUGUACACACAUCAACCUGACCUCACGAGACAUAGCCCUCCCUAAUGUACCACCCACUUUUCCCUAUCGCACAUGAGCCAAAAGAUUAUUGCAAUAAUUGAUAGUAAGAUGUUAUCCUAAAUGGAAGAUGGAAAAUUCUAGUUAAUCAGCUCAUUGGUCAGAUUAAAGAGAUUUUUAAUUUGAGUGGGAAAGUUUUAGAGGAAUUCUUAAGAGGCACGAUUACAUUUGAUUCAUCUUCUUUGUCUCUUUGCUUCCCUUUUUAGAUUCUGCAAAGUCUGUGAGAGAUAUGUGUGGGCUCAGAACAAGCAUUGUACUAAAUGCAACCUGUGCCCUUCAAAGGUAUGUCUUUCCCCAUCGCAGGCUGAAAAAGUAAGGUUGCACAGUUUAACUUGAUGAAAUAGUUAGCCACAUUCCGUUGAAUUGAAGGUGCUUCACAUGCUGGGAUAUCACUUUUCACAACUGAUCAGGGUUUUCAUUGUUUUUCUCCUUUGUUCUUUCAGGAUGGGAGAGAGUGGAAGCAUUGCUCAGAGUGUCAGAAGUGCGUGAAGCCAUGUGAGCAUUCCAUAGACUGCCAUUUAGUCAUUUAACAGAUGCCAUUAUCCAGAGCGACUUACAGUAGUGAAUGCGUAAAUGUUUGUACUUUAUCAUACUGGUCCCCUGUGGGAAUUGAACCCACAACCCUGGUGUUGCAAGCGCCAUGCUCUACCAACUGAGCCACACGGGACCACCCCGUCAAACCCCAAUGUUCAUUAUUUGGUUUGAGUGAUGGUCUGAUUGGUACCUCUGCCCUCUCAUCACCUCCCCAGCUUGGCGCCACUGCCAGUCCUGUGCCUGCUGUGCUCUCCCGGACCACCCCUGUGGGAAUAGCCCAGGUCUGGAAGGCUGUUUCAACUGUGGCAGCCUGAAGCACAAACGCAGAGCCUGCCCUCUCAAAGACAAACAGAGGACCAAUAACAAGUGAGUUUACUACCUGUGUCAUAUACCCAGACACAACACUUAAACACAAAUACACAGAGACACGCACAGGGCUGACACAACUUAUUUCCCUACCCAUAUCAGUACAGUGUUGAUGGAGUCUAAAUGACUAGUGUUUCUCUUGAGUGUUCGUACGGAUUGUGUUUGCCUGCCUGAUGUGUGUGUGUCUCAACUUGCUCUCUCUCUCUCCUAUUCCAGUAGAUCCAAGGCCAAGGGAGGCAGGAACCUGCCCAAACAACAUCCCAAGAAGUCCAAUUCCAAGAGGAAGUCUGGGGCCCAGCGCAGAGCCAACAAGUUGAAGAAGACAGCAGAAUAAGUCACAUGACCCCACUCGCACAAUCAUCAGGCUGCAAGGGAGAUGUGUGUGUGUGUAGCAGAUGAGAAGUUGCUAGUGAGAGCUAGCCAUUCUACAUGUGCAUGUGUGGGUUUAAAGUGUAGGACAGUCUUUAAAGAAUUGUACAUGUUGCUUAAUAAAAGUAUCAGAUAUAGGUUCAUCUCAUGUUAUUCCACCAUUUUCAGUUAUUUCACUGAAUUCUUGAUUUCCUGGUUUAUGCAAAUGUGUAAUUCAGUUGAUAUAGUGCUAGUAGGAACAUGUCUAUGCAAAGAAGAAAAUAUAUGUAGUUGAACGCUCUGUGCAUGUUUACUAGUCUUUACUUUAGAUCAUUGCUUAACGUUACCUCAAAAUUAGGGAUAUGCCAUUGCGUCAAUAUAACUGACUGGAUUUAUGUAUGAAACUAAAACUGAGCCUUUAGGAGAUCUCUUUUAUAUAACAAAAUAGGUGAAAGACAUUACCUUUUUAGUUCUGUGCUAAAGAUGGAGGGAUAGAAAUGCUAUCUUUUUUUACUGCCCCGCAGGCAGAUGAUACGGAAGUUAGGGAAAAAUGAUUCCUUUAUGUAUUCCAUGCAGAUCUGGACUAAUACAUUUUACAUUAAAGAUUCAAGUCAUGUCCUUCCAAGAAAAAGGAACGCAGGCAAUAUACAAGCAAUGGAGGAGCUUUCAGAAUAGUUGUGAUCUCGCUGCAUUUAGUAAGUGUUUGGUUUCUAAAUUUGUAUUGUUUAUUUUUUUAAGGGAUAUUAUAUAAA